AUAUGCUCGACUUCACACGACGAACAAGAUACAGUCAUAGGUUGGACACAGAACCGAACACCACUUCAAAUAUAUACUUCCAUGUUCACGCGCGAUUUUGUGACCAGUUCUGUGGUAACUUUAAGUGAAGCAAAAACGAAACGGACAACGAAAAAGAACUUGAGUAACCAAGUCAGUAAAAAGGAUUAAAGAAAUUUAAAUAAGACAUGGAAAUGGAUAAAUUUAAAUUUACGCUAAUUUAUUUGGCAUUUCUCUCAACAACCUGCACAUUAGUAAGCGCUAAAUAUAAAAUAUGUGUAGUUGACGGACGUGGAGGAUUCCAAAAAACGUCUAAAUACUGUCCGAAUUUAGAAGUGCCAGAAAGUAUGGUUUCGUGUGUAACGGGAGUCGAUAGAUUUGAUUGUUUGAGGAAAAUUCGAAAAGGAAAGGCUGAUUUUGCGAUAUUUACCCCGGAAGAUUUAGUUGCUGCGGCCAAUACUUAUAAUGAUGUUUUAAUCACCAAUGAAAUACGAACUAGCGAUAAAGAAAAAUUCGAAGAACAACUCGUCGCAAUAGUAUCAAAAUCGUCCGGGAUUGAAUCUAGUUACGAUUUAAGCGGAAAAACUUUGUGUCAUCCAGGAUACAUAAAUGAUGGGAUCAUCUCAACAGUUCUAAUGGAUUAUUUUGAAACCUCCGUGGUACGACCAAAUUGCGAACAAACCGUAACUGUUCCAGAAAACCGUAUUAACGCCACUUCAAAGUUUUUCAAAAAAGCUUGCAAACCAGGACCAUGGGUAAACGAUAGGGAAUUAGAUAAUGAAUUAAAAAGAAAAUACAAAAACCUUUGUGAAGCAUGCAAUAAUCCAUCAAGUUGUUCAUCACAUGACCAAUACUACGGAACAUCCGGUUCUCUCCUUUGUUUACGAGAUGGAUCCGGAGACAUCGCUUGGACUACUUUAAACACAGCAAUAUCCCAAUUUGGACUUAACAACAUCAAGGAUAGGAAUUCAACAAACGAUACAACUAUUUAUGACUACAAAUUUUUGUGUUCCGAUGACACAACAAGACCGUUAACGGCAACGCCGUGUGUUUGGGUCGCUAAACCGUGGGCGGUUAUUGGAGCAAGCAGCUCAACGGCUUCGGCGGUCCAAAAAAUCGUUGCCAAUGUUAGCCACGUUGGUUUACAGUGGCAAAAGUCUUUAAUGGAUCUUAUUGAAGUGGUUAAUUAUCACACCGAAUUGGGCAGUUUGGAAACGGUGGAACCGGUCGAAUCUUAUUUAUUAAAAAUUCCCGGGUUUUUAAGUGCGAAUAGUUUUACGUCGUGUCAUCCGCCCAGAACGGUUAAAAUUUGUACUACUUCAAUUGUAUCCAAGUAUAAAUGCGAUUGGAUGCGGGAAGCGGCGGAAGUACGCGGAAUAGCUCCGGAUAUUGAUUGUUUGAAAGCUGAUAAUGUUACGCAUUGUAUGAGGGCUAUACAGAUGGAUGUAGCCGAUGUUGUUAUUGUAGAGCCGGAUUAUGUACAAACAGGAGUCGAAAAAUACGGUUUAUCUACACUAUUUUAUGAAACCGUCCAAGAAGAAAACAAAGUAAAGAUAAUAGCAGUUGUAAAAAGCAAUUCAGAUAUAAAAACUUUUAAAGACUUAAUGGGGAAAAAAGCUUGUUUUUCGAUGUAUAAUGGAAUGGCUUGGAAUUCGGUUUUGAAUGAACUCCAACAUCAAUUAAGUUACUGUCCGUAUGAAAAAGCAAUGAGCGAAUACUUUGGAGAAAGUUGCGUUCCAGGAAUUCCGCCAGAAUACGAAGGAAAAUUAACUAAACUUUGUGAAAGUAAAUAUCAAGGUGAUCGAGGAGCCUUAGACUGCUUAACGGAGAAAAACGCUGAUGUUGCUUUCGUUUCAACGAAAGCUUUAAAUUCGUACAUUAAUGAAACUGGAAAAUUGACAAUGUCCGAUUUGAAAAUAAUCUGUGACACAAAACCUUGCCAUUUAACUUGGUCACCAGUUGGGCAAGCGAUGGUUUACAACAAUUUAACAUCUUGGCGCCAAAAAGACAUUUUGGACGUUUUCUUAGAACUAGAUUUAUUAUUUGGAAAGAAUUUUAAGGAAGCAACGCGGGUUUUUACAAUGUAUGGACCAUUUAACGGCGUAAAAGACGUUUUAUUCCACGACGAUACCAAAGAACUACGAAAAGUCCCAGUUUCGAAAAACUAUGAUGCGAUGCCGAGACGAUUCGAUGAAAUUGUUAAAAAAAUUAAAAGUUGCAAAGAAGUUUUAUCGAAUGGCGCGAUUAAAGUUGUUGGAAAUGUCUUUUUGUUUUUAAUUGGUUUAUUUUUAGUGUUAAGUUAAUAUGAUUAAUAAGAUUAUGAUUAUCUCCUGUGAUAUUAUUUUUUGUCGCCUUUUUCAUAUCAAUAAAGAACUUUUACGUAUUAAUUA